CGAUUUAUUUGUCAGCUCACGCCCAGCGAGGGAGGGGGAAGAGGCGCUGCUUGUCUUCGAUUGAAACCCUAGCGCGGGGAGGAGAGAUAGAGAUUGCUCGAUUUCGGCGGAGGGUGUGGGAUCUGUCGUCCGGUUUCGUGACGGUGGAGGAUUGGGCGAUCGGAUGGCCGAGGAGGACGGGCUGAGCGAAAGCAGCAACCACACGUCAGAGGACGAGGGCUCCGAUGAAUAUCGGCGGGGAGGGUACCACGCCGUCCGAAUCGGCGAUUCCUUCAAGCAGGGAGCCUACGUCGUCCAGGCUAAGCUCGGCUGGGGCCACUUCUCCACUGUUUGGCUUGCUUGGGAUACCGUCCACUCCCGAUAUGUAGCGUUGAAGGUGCAGAAGAGUGCGCAACACUAUACCGAAGCUGCUAUGGAUGAGAUAAAGAUCUUGAAGCAGAUUGCGGAUGGGGAUCCUGAUGACACUCUGUGCGUGGUGAAAUUGCUCGACCAUUUCAAGCAUUCAGGGCCAAAUGGACAGCAUGUGUGUAUGAUCUUUGAGUUCCUUGGAGAUAACCUUCUCACGCUUAUUAAGUACACGGAUCAUGGGGGGUUACCGCUCUCAAAGGUGAAGGAGAUAUGCCGUUAUGUCCUUAUUGGGCUUGACUAUCUCCAUCGGGAUCUUUCUAUCAUCCACACUGACCUGAAGCCAGAGAAUAUCCUCCUUAUGUCUAGCCUCGACCCAGCCAAAGAUCCUCAUCGAUCAGGUACGCCGCUCAUUCUUCCCACUGUCAGAUCCGAAGAGCCCUCACCAAUGCCUCCUGCUCUGUCCAAUGGCGACCUUACGAGAAACCAGAAGAAAAAAAUCAGAAGGAAGGUGAAGCGGGCAUCUGCUUCUACAUCAGGGAGCUUAACGGCUGAAGCAGGAAGCAGUAAUGGCUUAGAAGAUAAAGGAGAUUCAAGAGUAGCAACUGAUGGUGGCGACGGGGAGACACACGAUAGAGCAUCACAAGGUCGUAGGAGAGGUAAUAAGGCUACAAGGAAGAGGCUGGCAAUGGAGGCAGACCUGCGGUGCAAGAUAGUCGAUUUCGGAAAUGCAUGUUGGACAUAUAAGCAGUUUACUAGUGAUAUCCAGACAAGGCAGUAUCGGUGUCCUGAGGUGGUUCUUGGGUCUAAAUACUCUUCUUCUGCUGAUUUGUGGUCGUUCGCUUGUAUAUGUUUUGAGCUGGCCACAGGAGAUGUGCUAUUUGAUCCGCAUAGUGGCGAUAAUUUUGACCGGGAUGAGGAUCACUUGGCUUUAAUGAUGGAACUACUGGGGAUGAUGCCUCGUAAAAUUGCAUUGGGCGGACGAUAUUCACGCGAUUUCUUUAAUAGGCACGGUGACUUGAGGCACAUCCGGCGACUGAGAUUUUGGCCCCUCAACAAAGUUCUCUCGGAGAAGUAUGAAUUCAGUGAACGAGAUGCCAACGACAUGGCUGAUUUCCUUGUCCCAAUACUAGAUUUUGUACCCGAGAAGCGUCCCACAGCUGGUCAAUUGCUUAGUCAUCGGUGGAUCAGUGAGCCAAGUUUGCUGCAGGGAGAUCAAGUCCAACCUCCAACAGCGGCUGCUCCUUCAGAAAAGCAGAGGAAAGAGAGGGAUGAAAUGGCAGCAGAACUGGCUAAUAUCGUGAUUGAUGGACCAUCAAAGGGAAAUAUUUCUACUUCUCGAUAGUAUGUUUGGCUUAUUCAAUCCACAGUUGACGUGUGCUGCAUAUACGUGCAAUGAAGAGUUUUCUGUAUGUUCCAACAUUUUUUGUAGGCCAGGUGAAUCUUCUCGAAAGAUUCAACUUGGAUUCUUGUUUUUUUUAGAUUGCAGGUUAGAUCAUUCAAAAUUGUGUUACUGCAAGUCAGUUGUUCUAAGAACUUAUUGAACAUGCUUGUUUGUUUACAAAACACUAGAACUCAUCUGAUUUCAGUUAUUCCCCUUUGGUGGCUUCACGAUCA